ACUCACCAUGAGAAAGUGUCUUGACUUUUUACUAAACUGACAGCAAAGAGUGUGUACUACUUACACUGGUGUCAUCUGCCACUCCAUUAAGUGACACUACUUUCACUGGUAUCGUCUGCCAGUGUGUGCACUACUUACACUGGUGUCGUCUGCCAGUGUGUGCACUACUUACACUGGUGUCGUCUGCCAGUGUGUGCACUACUUACACUGGUGUCGUCUGCCAGUGUGUGCACUACAGUUACACAGUGUUAUCGUCUGCCGAGGGAGUGAACCUUGCAGGGUCACAAAGUCAGUCCACACAGGAGGGCGGCGUGUAUGUGCUUUUUGUCUGUUAGAUAAUAUUCUCAUCUCUCAUUGCUCUAUCACUACAGUACUACGACUUGUGUGCCAACAUUCCACACUGACAUCUGCUUCAACCUGUCAUCUGGGACAGAAAUUCGUUUGUCAAGAAAAAAAUAUAGUUGCUCAAGUACGAUAGUAAUUAAACUGCACAAACUAUUUUGUGAAAGAUGUCAACUAAAGCAAAUAAGAAACUCAUCAAUUGCGUCGAGACGUGUGUGGAGGACAACUUAGAAGGCUAUGUGGCUUUGAACCCAGGGGUCAGACUUCUGAAAGGUCACCGUAUUGCUGUACGAGCUGACAUCGAGGAAUAUCAGACGACAGGGAAGGUUGCGGUGCUCUGCGGAGGGGGCUCUGGCCAUGAACCAGCCUUCGCAGGCUAUGUGGGACAAGGUAUGCUGACAGGCGCCGUUAUGGGAUCCGUCUUUGCGGCUCCACCGUCAACGGAGGUCCUGGUCGCCAUCCGUGCUCUGUCAAGACAUAAUGCAGCUGGAUGUUUUUUCCUCAUUCCCAACUACACCGGGGACCGCCUCAACUUUGGUCUGGCGGCCGAGCGUGCGCGGGAGGAGGGGCUGAGGGUCGAGACACAGGUGACAGGGGAGGAUCGGGCUGUGAACUCUGCCGACAGGACCUCCAACAGACGCGGUGUGACAGGAAUCGUCGUCACCAUCAAGAUAGCGGGGUCACUGGCGGAGGAGGGGCGAGGGGCUGAGGAGAUAAAGCAAGUUGUUUGUCAGGCAUUGGACAACAUGGGCACAAUCGGCAUCGCUCUCACUCCCUGCGUCUUGCCGGGUGGAGGCCCCACUUUCCACUUGGAGGAUGAUGAGAUGGAGCUCGGGCUUGGUGCGCAUGGCGAAGCAGGAGUGCAACGGUUAAAGAUAAAGUCUGCAAAAGAUACUGUGGAACUUAUGCUGAAUCACUUGACCAGUCCGUCCAACGCCAACCGUCUGUCACUAACUAAAGGUGACCGUGUGGCGCUGUUUGUGAACGACACUGGCGGCAUCUCACAAAUGGAACUGAACAUCAUGGCCAGGGAAGCCAUCCUUUACCUCGAGUCGAGGGACAUCCGAGUCGUGCGCGCCUACUGUUCCAACUUCGUUACUUCUCUUGACAUGGCGGGAUUACAUUUGACAGUCUUAGUUCUCGACGAAACGCUAACUCGCUGUCUCGAUGCCCCGACUCAGGCCACAGGCUGGCCACGUGUCCUGCUAGGUCCCGGCAUGACUGACCGGCUGACUUUACCUCCCCUGAAGCUGGACUACAUCGACGAUAUCGUCUCAGAUAACACGCAGGAAGCUGGCCUCACCUUGUCAACAGAUGAGGCUGAGAAGCUGCGCGCCGCCAUAACCGCAGCUUGUCUGGCGCUGACAGAGGCGGAGUCGAACCUCAACCAUCUGGACUCGGGUGCAGGGGACGGUGAUUGCGGCAGCACGCUUGCCAGGGGGGCCAAAGCGGUGCUGAAGGAGCUGGAGAAGGACGAAUGUGGCGAGUUGGUGUCCAGGCCAAGCCUACUGGCGCGGCGCCUGGCGGCCAUUGCAGAUGCAACUAUGGGUGGAGCGUCUGGCGGGCUUUAUGGUCUCUUCUUCACUGGAGCGGCGUCAGCAUUUACAGAUGGCAGCGAAGACAGAUGGCAGGAGGCAAUUCGUCAAGGAAUGGCCCUUAUGAGGAGGUAUGGCGGCGCUGAGCCUGGUGACAGAACAAUGCUUGAUGCCCUAAAUCCAGUUUGGGAGACGUUGUCGUUGACCCAACGUGAACCACCGUUGCUGCGUUUUGAAAAGGCUGUUCAGGCGGCUGAACGUGGAGCAGACAACACAAAGGAGAUGACUGCACGUGCAGGACGGGCGUGCAACGUCAGCGCCUCCAUCUUGCAGCACCCGGACCCCGGGGCGGUGGGGGUGGCUGUGUGGCUGCGUGCGGCCUACACCGCGUACACUGCCUGUGGGGCCAGCCCCUGAGUACACCCUUCAUACCCCUAUAUCAUUGUCACUCUA